AUGUGCCGCGUUUGUAAUAAGGAGAUUUCUGUUAAAAAUACUGGAAGAUUAGCAUUAGUUCGGCAUCAAGAUAGUGCGAUGCACAUUAAGCAAUGCAAAUCUCAAAAAAUGCAGGGUAUAUUAACAGAUAUGACGGUUUUUAAAAAGGGCCCAAAUGAGCAAACCGCAUUAAAAACUGCAGACUUACAUCUCGCAGCUUUUGUUACUGAACAUAAUUUAUCAUAUAAUGUAAUGGAGCAUUUGCCAGCAUUAUUAACCAAACUGGUCCCCGACUCGGAAAUAGCAAAGAAAAUUAAAUGUGGUCGCACUAAAUGCUCUUCUGUGGUCAAGAAUGUUAUUGGAAAGAGGCAUGAGGAGGAAAUUUGUGAAAAUUUAACAAACAAUAAAUUUUCAUUAAUUAUUGAUGAGUCCACGGACCGUUCAUGCACAAAACAUUUGUGCCUUGUUUGUAGAUACCGUCACAAUAAUACAAUUCAAGACAGUUUCCUUGCGUUGCUGCCAAUGAAAGAUGCCAAAGCAGAAGAUCUUUAUAAAGAAGUACCCAACUUCUUUAACCGUAAGAACAUUCAAUUCCAACAGAAUCUAAUAGGAUUCGCAUCCGAUGGGGCCAACGUUAUGGUUGGAAAAUACAAUUCGGUGGUAUCUAGAUUAAAGGUAGAUAUACCAAAUGUUUACGUGUUUAAGUGUAUAUGUCACAGUUUCCACCUAUGUGCAUCAUAUGCCUAUGCCACUGUAACCGAUCGCACUUUGGCACCAGAAAAUAUAUUAACAAAGUUAAACGAUCGCUUCACAAAGUUGUAUUUUCAAUUUUUAGAAUUUUCUUUAGCCUUUUUUAGCACUCUUAAUAGACAGAUGCAAUGUGAAAAACCGGUUAUUCAGGAUUUAUACAAAUCUGUUAGUACUGUUUAUAAAUCUUUUUUGAAAUGUUUUAUAAAAAGGGAUGUACUCAUAAAAUCCCCACUUCAUCAAAUAAAUUAUAAAGAUCCCAAUAAUUUUCUUCCCUUAGAAGAAUUGUAUUUGGGAGCGAAAAUCAUUGUCUCAAUUGAGUCAUUAAGUGACACAGAGAAAUCUGCUUUUAGGAAAAGAUGCCUAGAAUUUUAUAUAGAGGCCGCCAAACAAAUUAAUCAGAGAUUUGAUUUUAAUGAUCCCAUUUUAAUUAAUAUGAACCUAAUAGGCGCAAAAAAUGUUUUGGAGAAAAAAGCUGACAGUAUCAUGCCACUUGCAAAACAUUUUCCAAAUUUGGUUUUGGAAGAUGAAUUGCAAUUGGUAGAUAAUGAAUGGAGAUUACUUCGAAACACUGUUUUAGAUUUUUCUUGUGAUGUAGAUGUAGAAAAGUUCUGGUCACAUAUUGAAAAUAUGCGAUACAGCGAUGGAACUUCGAUGUUUCCAGUUUUAAGUAGAUUUGGUUUUCAUUUGUUAAUGUUGCCUCAUUCAUCGGCGAAUGUAGAAAGAAUUUUUUCUGAGAUAAAUCUAAUGAAAACUAAUCAAAGGACCAAACUUUCAACAGCUACUAUUGUGGGACAUCUACACACAAAAAUUUUUUUGAAGUCUAGAAAUGCAAAUUACACUAACGUUUCUUUUACAAAGGAUGUAAUAAAGUUACAUAAUAAUGAUAUGUAUAAACCAAAAAAGGAUAAUACUUUAUCAGAUUCAGAAUAA